AUGGCUUUCGGCGUGCCAAUAUCUGUCUAUCUUUUAUUCAAUGCAAUGGCAGCAUUUACUGAAGAGGCAGCCGUCACUGUAACACUGCCAAUCAGAACCCAGCAAACUGAUUAUACAGAAGGACCUAUCGCCUUGAAGUUCUUACCUCCUUGCCUGGAAGACCACAAUAGUUACUGCAUCAAUGGUGUUUGUGCAUACCACCAUGAGCUGGAGAAAGCUAUCUGCAGGUGUUUAACUGGUUAUACUGGAGAAAGAUGUGAGCACUUGACUUUAACUUCAUAUGCUGUGGAUUCUUCUGAAAAAUAUAUUGCAAUUGGAACUGGUGUUGGAUUACUGUUAAGUAGUUUUCUUGCUAUCCUGUACUGCUACAUAAGAAAGAGGUAUGAACAACACAAAAUAUGA